GUGUAAAUGUUGCUUUUCUUUUUCCCCUCGGGUGGCUACAGAGUUUCCUUCCUUCCUUUGUUUUCUUUCCUUCCCAUCCCUCUUUUCUCUCCCUCCACUCCCCAAUCCUGGCUUCCCUACAACGCCCCUGCGCUGCGGUGUAUCCUCCCCUCCCAUAGAUGUCCCUGCAGAAAGGGGAGCGGCUGGGCAGAAUAAAUUUACCCCAGCUAGGCUUUAUUUAUUUUUCUUUUUUUUUAAAAGGGGGUGUUUUUUCCCCCCCUCCUCCCAGCCUUGGCCUAACCCAGAGGGGUGGGGGGGUUGGCAGGAGGAAAGGGAGGAGAGGAACAGGCACAGAAAAACAAGAUUUAUGCCCAGAAGGAUCUGAGCAGGAAAAUCCAGGCUCAGAGCUGGCUGGCUGUUAAAAAUUCUGCAUUUUUUCACAAAUACAAACCACACUCUCGACUUUGGGCCAUGAAGCUGGAGAAAAGUAGAUUCCUUGGACGUCCGUUUGCAGAAGAGAAGACCCAGAGCUGACCAAAACAAAAUAGGACUCACCUCCACGUUCUUUGCUGAGCUUCAAGGACAAAAAAAACACAAAGGUCAAUAAAACACAGAAUUUCCGUUCGACUAAUCUGUUAAAAAUUAAUGCCCUGAAAAAGACACUGGGAUUUUGUGCGUGUGUGCAUGUUUUUUUUUCUAUAUAUAUAUAUAUAUAUUUUUAAAAAAGAAAAGCUUUAAAAUAUCACCCAUAGAGAAAACCCAUUGCCUUUUUAAUGCUUUAAAAAAAAUUUCACGAGCAUCAAUUUCUUUUAUUGUAAGGACAGCUUUGAUAUAUUUUUUUUUCUUAAAAACAAAAGCAUUUUGUAUUCCUUUUUCUGGGAUAAGAAAGAGAUUUCCUUUUUUUAAAAAAAGAAGUUUUUAUCUGUUGAUUCUUAUCCAGAUCUGGUACAGAUGAAAACUUGCAAGCGGAGGUCAUGAGAGACACAAACUCCCCUGGUAUUAAAUAAUUGAGUGUAAAAUUGGGGAGAAAAAUGGCAGUAUUGAAUGUUCAAUGACCCUCCCAGGAACUGGCAAGUAAAAAACGAACAAACAAACCAAAUAAAUUAAGGGACUUUUUGAGGAAUUUGCAUCAAAUGUUCAUCAGUGCCUAACCAAAGGAGAAAGGACUCAGCCAAUAAAACCUCGUGCCAUGCACAAUUUUUUAUGAAAGGGGCGUCUGCUGAUAGCGAAGAUCAGAAAGGAAUUCAACUGAGGGUGAAAACAGGAUCCAGCUUAAGUUUUCAGUGAAGUUUCUGCAUUUUCGGCUGUUGGGAAAGAAAAAAAUACAAGUAUUGAUUAAAGAGAACUUGCUUUUAAAGUCGGUGAAGAGGCUUGUCCAAAAAAGACAACUUAACCCCUUUUGGAAAAACCUCGAAUUUCUUUGAGACAAAUUGAGAAUUAAGAAGCCAAAGGACGAUUCUUCUCGAUGGAGACCGACGUGCCGGCUGCAGAGGAAGCUCGGGGGGAGACGGAGCCCACCGAAUCUGGCCUCCCCGAGCCAACGGUGGGGGGCGAGGAGGUGGUUGCUUCUGCUCUCCCUGGGGCUGCAGAAGAGACCCCAACCCACCUCGCCAAGGGCGGUGCCCAAAGCGUCAUGCAGAAAGAUGAUGGGCAGCUUUCCUCUGUAGCAGCAGCCGAAGGGGGGCAAAAGGAGGGACCCCCAUCCCCAAACGAGGAGGCCUCCCCUCUGCCAGCCCCUCCGGUGCCCACCAGCUGCAGCCCAGCUGAGGAUGCCCCCAAGCCUCGCCCGUCUCCAGCCAGCCAGCCCAAGCCGCCGGACUUUUACUGCGUGAAAUGGAUCACCUGGAAGGGCGAGAGGACGCCGGUCAUCAUGCAGAGUGAGAAUGGCCCCUGCCCACUGCUGGCCAUCAUGAACAUCCUUUUUCUGCAGUGGAAGGUAAAGCUGCCUGCCCAGAAGGAAGUGGUCACCUCGGAUGAGCUGAUGGCUUACCUCGGGGAUUGCAUCCUGUCCAUCAAACCCCAGGACCAAGCUGAGGCCGUCCAGCUCAACUUCCAGCAGAACGUCAAUGACGCCAUGACAGUCCUUUCCAAGCUGUCCACGGGGCUGGACGUCAACGUGAGAUUCACGGGGGUCUCGGACUUCGAAUACACCCCCGAGUGCAUCGUCUUUGAUCUCCUAAACAUCCCCCUUUAUCACGGCUGGCUGGUGGAUCCCCAGAUUCCCGAGGUGGCCGGAGCCGUCAGCAAACUGAGCUACAACCAGCUGGUGGAAAAAAUUAUCACUUGUAAACACUCCAGCGACCCAAACCUGGUGACGGAAGGCCUGAUCGCAGAACAAUUUUUGGAGUCCACGGCAUCGCAGCUCACCUACCACGGGCUGUGCGAGCUCACGUCCACGGUCAAAGAAGGCGAACUGAAUGUUUUCUUCCGAAACAACCACUUCAGUGCCAUGAUCAAGCACAAGAGCCACCUCUACCUGCUGGUGACGGACCAGGGUUUCCUGAACGAAGACCAGGUCACCUGGGAAAGUUUGCACAACGUGGAUGGCGACAGCUGCUUUUGCGAUGCCGAGUUCCACCUGAGCCACACGCUGGGCAAGGAAGCGGCGGGGGGCUCCCCGGUCGACCAGAGGCAGGUGGAUCAGGACUACAUGAUUGCCUUGUCCCUCCAACGCCAGCAAGGGGGUCCCGCCAUGAGCGACCUGGAGCUGGCGCAGCAGCUUCAGCAAGAGGAAUACCAGCAGCCCCCACCGCCGAGCCCCUUGCCCUCCCCGGCACAGGGGAGAAGUCCUCCGGCCCCCCGUCCCGCCGGAGAACGCAGGCAGAGGCAGAAGGUGGACACGGAUUGCAUCGUCCUUUGAGGCCGGCCUGUGGGAGUCCCACGAGGGCCCCCCCUGUCCUUCCAGGGCCUUCCCCUCUCAAUUUGCUAUGGGGGCACUUUGGAUAAGGGCUCCCCUGCAACACCAAAAAUGCUUCAGAAGGGGGGAGGAACGGCUCUGUUUCGGAAAAAAACCCACACACUGAGAGGGGGGAAGAAGCUCCCCGUGGUGCAUUUGCUUCUCCCACCUGGGGGUCAACAUGGGAAGGGGGAAAGAGAAACCAAGAGGGGGCUUAGCUUGGCUCCCCACGGAGGCUGGGUCAGUUUAUGGGGGGGGUGUCUCCCAUGUGAUUCUCCUCUCUCGUGUCUGGGGGAAUGGACAGAAAGCCGCUUCCGUUGGAGAAACAGAGUCCCUGCUUAGAAGGGCCCAGCCUUCAGGAUGAGGGGGGGGUCACACCUCGCCGGCACCCUGGAUCCGGUCAUCGCCAAAGCAGAGCCUUCGUGGGCCACAUGCACACAGAAGAGGGACCGUUUGCAAAGUUACCACCGGAGCAAUUCAACCGGUGCAGUUUUCACCCGAUGGAAAAAUGGAUUCCUUUGCCAAAAGCACCUUUUGGGGGGUGGGCUUAAACUCUGGCUUUUUCACCUUCUCAAAGGCAGCCGAAGCGAGGCAGAAACGCCUCCAGUGACGCAGUCCAAACGAGGUCUCUCUUUCUCUCUCUCUUUCUCUUUCUUUCUCACUCUCUCUCUUUCUCUCUCUUUCUUUCUUUUUCCUGGUUUUUGAGGGCUAUGACUGGACUAAAUUCUAAAAUCGCUUAAGCCUCCGUUUUGAGUCGAUUAAUCGAUUAAUCCUGCCUCUGUUUACAUUGGAAUAAAGCAGUCCUUCUAAAGGA